GGGAGACAGCCUUCGAGCAUAGCAGCAAGCGAGAAGGAGAGAUCAGAGAGCACGAGAAAAAAGAGCAGGCGCGCAAGCGAGACGGAAAGCGAGCUGCGACUGCUGCGAGAGGCAAGCGCAAGCAACCGCAAGGGGGCCGCCAAGAUGGUUGUCAAUGUUGAUAAGUGAUAUUUGGCUGCGCGUUCCGCGUUCGCUAGACGGAGCGAAGGAAUACCUACAAGGCUAGGAGGAGGAGGCUGGAGGACGCGCGCGUUACCGAGUGCGAGAGGCCAGAGAGCAGCAGCUCCGUGGUGUGUAGGUAGCCAUCAGCUACCGCGGCUGCGGCGACGCGCGACCCGCAUCAGGGACUCUCGAGGCUGCAGUGCUCGGCUCGGCUCGGGGACCUGCCUGCCUGCCGAGGACGAUCGGGCUAUCGUCAUGCCCGUGAACGCGAACUGAGAGCAGCGGAGCCGCAGCAGCAGCAGCGAGCACACGAGUAGUUCCACACUAGGAUUUGGACGAGGCUGGCCUGUCUCUGCAUCGGGAGAGCGCCAGCGGAGAAACCAGGACGACGUGUUGCUGCAAGGCCUUGCCUCGGCGUAAUCAGAGACGACGACGACGACGACAAGGACACCGCCGUGUCUCCGCGCCCUCGAGGCAUGGCGGACACCGAGGAUGCGGAGCAGGAGAUACGCAAGGCCCUGGAUGUCGUCCAGUCGAUGAUUGACAUCUCGGCGGAUCGGCUCGAGGGCCUCAGGACUCAGUGCUCUACCAGCGCUGAGCUCACCCAGCAGGAGAUCCGCACUCUCGAGGGAAAGUUGAUAAAACUAUAUUCGAAGCAACUUGUCACCAAAGAAAAACUUUCCAUUGAAUCGUUACCUGCAGAAAUGAGACAAUAUCCAUCUCUGCAACAAUGGCUUCGAGUUGUAGGUCUUACACAAGAAUCUAUACAGCUGGUUUGUUCCAAAGCUAAUUCUUUAGAAGCUUUGAAAGAAAAAUCGGAACAUGAAUUAGGAACUAUGCUUGGUGAAAAUAAUAUAAAACAUGAGGAAGAGUUGCGCAGGUUAUGCAGAGCACUCCAUAAUCUGCGUCGAUAUAUGGAUGUUCUAAUCAGAGGUGAUAUGGACAACAGUGAUAUGAAUUUAUACUGGGAUUCUUGGGAUAGACAUCAUAUAAGAAGUGGUCCAUCACCUCGUCCUAUUCGGUCUCGUGUUACCAGAAGUUCUGUCCCCUCCGAAGACAGCAUUCCAUACCAUAAUAAUAAUAAUAAUUUUAAUAGUGAUAUGCUUGCUCAAGCUUCUUCCUUUGCCUCUUUAUCAUCAUCUACCAGUCCACCUUCAACCCCUUUAUUUUCAAAGGGUCAAGCUUUAGGAUUAAAAUUUCCUACAACCCCACCUCCAUCAAAGAAAAGUCAGACUGGACCAGAUAAUUCUUCACAAUCCGAUGUAUUCCCAUUAACAAAGUCAAAAUCUCAUGAAUCGCAAUUAGCAAAUCGUCUUGACAAUGGAGAAACAAUAUCCAGUUCUGCUAAUGAACAACAAGCAGCUUCAGUUGGUAGGAGAACUCGUUUACCUACUGAACCAGGUUCUUACAGCGGUGCCGAUCUUGUUGGCGAUAGUUUGUUGCCUAAUAGUAACAGUCCUAUCAAAUCGCCGCCUUACUCAAGUGCAGAAAGUGACGAUAAUAGUUACAAGGGAACAGUGAUGAGUCUUCAAGUGCCAAAGUCUCCUAGAACGCCAACAGUAACACGUGGAAUGGGGCACAUUAUUAAUCAUCGUUUUACAAAAACCUUUAAAAUGAUGACGACUUGUGACUACUGCGAUAAACAAAUGUUCAUUGGUACUGGUCUUAAGUGUAAAGAGUGCAAGUACAAGUGUCACAGAGACUGUGAAUCCAAAGUACCACCGUCGUGCGGUUUACCUCAGGAACUUAUUGAUGAGUUCAAAAGAACUUUACAAGCAGAUAGUAUGGUAAGCGUUUCUCCUAUUUUAAGUAAACCUGGAAUCAUGUCGCCGAACCACCAUAAUUCAAAUUUACUAGCUUCUCUCAAUCGAAGAGAUCGUAAACGAUCACACCCACAUCCGUCAAUGAACACAGCGUUUCAGAAACGUCGUAACGCCUCAUCAAGUUUUCAAAUUCACUUUUGGCAUACUAAAUAUACGUGCCGUUACCAGGGUGCAGACUCUAGUUCAAAUACCUCGAGUUGCAAUAGCUCAACACCUUCUAGUCCUGCGUUGUUACCUGCCAAUGCUAGCCAAACUCUUCAGGCACCCAUGAAGCAACAGUUUCACUUUCCAGAUGUUAUGCCCAAUGAUAAAGGUGUCACUCUGGAAACGCAUCGACUGGAGGGUACCGUAUCGAGCGACAGUGAUAGGACAGUCAGUAUUUCAGGAUCCGGGAGCGUCAGUACAGAUUCGGAAAGGACUCCUGUUCGGGUUGAUUCUCAGGAUUCACAAGUUUCGGACGGAGAACCAGGGGACAGUCGCUGGCCACGACAAAAUAGUUUAUCCAUGCGUGAGUGGGACAUUCCAUAUGAUGAAUUGAAAAUCGGAGAACCUAUUGGUACCGGAAGGUUCGGUACUGUGUACAGAGGCAAUUGGCAUGGUGACGUAGCAAUUAAGGUUUUAAAUAUGGAUUAUUACCUCGACGACGAUAAAACGCUUGAAGCGUUCAAGUUAGAGGUGGCAACAUUCCGAAAAACAAGACAUGAAAAUUUAGUUUUAUUUAUGGGAGCUUGUAUGAAGCCUCCACGCUUAGCAAUAGUGACUAGUAUGAGCAAGGGCAUGACUCUUUAUACUCACAUUCAUUUGCGUAAAGAUAAAUUUAAUAUGAAUAAGACUACGAUUAUUGCCCAACAAAUUUCUCAGGGAAUGGGAUAUCUUCAUGCUCGCGGAAUUGUUCAUAAAGAUCUCAAAAGCAAGAAUAUAUUCUUAGAGAACGGAAAGGUUGUGAUAACCGAUUUUGGUUUAUUUAGCGUUACCAAACUCUGUUACGGAAAUAGGACGGGUAAUGGACUGAGUAUACCACCUGGUUGGCUCUGUUAUCUUGCUCCUGAAAUCGUAAGACGAUUAAGACCUCAACAGAACAGAGAUCAGGAAGAAUUACCAUUCACAGAUGCAUCCGAUGUUUACGCUUUUGGAACUGUUUGGUAUGAGUUAUUAUGUGGUGAAUGGCCAUUUAAGGGACAGCCACCUGAAGCCAUAAUCUGGCAGGUGGGUAAAGGAAUGAAACAAACUUUGGCAAAUUUACAGGCCUCACGCGAUGUGAAGGAUAUUCUGAUGCUUUGCUGGUCAUAUCAUGCUGAAAGUCGACCAGAUUUUGGAAAGCUCCUGACGACACUCGAAAAGCUGCCUCGUAAAAGGCUAGCACGUAGUCCUUCUCAUCCCAUUCAUCUUUCUCGUUCUGCGGAAUCAGUGUUUUAAAUACACUUUAAGUCUAUUUAAAUACGACGCUGUUCUUGUAGUGUAUAUAUGUAGCAGUGUUAGUUAUCGCCUGAUCUUUGUUCGUAAAAGAUAAAAUAAAACUAAUAUUAAAGAA